AUGCCUAGCCUCACCACCACCACCGCUGCGAGCUCCCAGGUCAGCCUCAGCCUGAAAGCAUCUUCCUCAUCGUCCCCCGCAGCACCCAGCCCGUCCGCGGCGUCGUCCGCCAACUCGACUCUACGCUCGCUCUAUCCCCGCGCAGCAAAGGCCUUUUUGCAGCGCGACGUCGCCCUCACCCACUCCCUGCUCGCCUCUGCCUUCUCGGUGCUCGAGCAGGCCCCGCCUGGCACCCCUGAUGCGCUCGCCACACCCCGCCGCAAGUGGGAGAUCCUCCGCAUUACGUUCGAGACGACCCUGUAUGCCGCCCCGCCCGCACCCGAUCCCGCCGCACUCCCGCCUGCGCUCCGCGCACACCUGAUGCUCUCCCCCGAGCCGUUCGUCGCCACGACCCACGCGCGCGCGCUGCAGCUCUUCACGCCCGCCGACCGCGCACAGCCGUCUGCGGCGUUUCUGCCCGCGCAGAUCCUUGUCACCCUCGCGCUCGCGAGCCUCAAGCUCGACUGCACCGCCGUGGGCAGGAGCAUGGUCGAGGACUGGCUCGCGCGCAGGGGCCAGGAGGACGUGGCGGAGGACGCUGCGGGGUAUGCGAAGGUGCUCGAGCUGUAUUGCCUGCACCUCCUGCCCCGCCUCGAGGAGUGGGACUAUGCGGAUGACUUUUUGCGCUAUGAGCAUGAGCUCCCCGCUGAUACCCGGAAAUACAGCCCGUGUGUCCGUGUCAGCGGUUCGCCCAUGAACAUCGUGGACGACCCACUGACAUCGACCGCUGUGUUCUGGGUAGCGGGCCAUUUCUGA